AUGGCGUGGAUGGACACCACUGUCCGGGCACACCUCUUUCCGAUACUGCAGGCCGUCCGCGAGUUGGCGAGCUGCCUCCUGGCGGCCGACGAGCCCGUCAUGAACUACGUCAUCGCGCGCGCGAAGCUGCCGGGCAGCGCCAAGCAGCACAUCCCGUGGCACCAGGACAUGUCGUACUCGCUCAUGGCGGCGACUCGUGCGAGGGAGCGGUCCGAGGCCCUGCCCGAGCUGAGCGCCCACGCCGACCGCAGCCUGGUGCUCCACGUCCCGCUCACGGACGAGACGACCGCCAACGGCGCGUUGAUGUACGCCAAGGGCUCGCACCGCGACGGGCUGCACCCGCGCUUCUUCCAGGAGGCCUGGCGGUCGCCAGACGGUGAGCCUUCUGGCAGCGAGCUCGGCGGCGGCUUCGCCGACGGGCACGAAGGCGUGGAGACGCUCGAGACCAGGGCGGGGGACGUCCUGGCCCACACGCUGUUCACCCACCACGGCAGCCACCCAAACGACUCCCCCGGCGUCCGCUGGCACCUGGAGGUGGGCGUCCAGGACGCGUCGCUGACCAACCACUGGGGCUACCACCGCCCGCCCCUCCCCGCGGGGCUGUCGCGCCACGAGCUGGCGCAGUGGCUCGGGGACCUCGCCGCCAUGCAGCAGGGCCUCUGCGCCUCGGGCGCCGAGCCCACCGCGUGUGGCUGA